GUUUUGAGUUGUGUACACACAAUCAAUGCGAUGUGAAUACUUAUUUUUCGUAUAUAAAUCAAUGUAUGCCAUCGCUUAUCAGUUUGUUAUUUAAGUUCUUUUGUUUGAUUAAUUGUUAUUCAAUUAAAUUUGCUUAAUACGCGAAUUUCAAGAGAUUAUUGGUUCAACAUUGUUGUUUGUGGGCAGUAGAGAAAAUAAACUCGGUCGUCACUGAGCUACUUUACAACAUUGUUAUUAUAAAUCAGGAAAAUGCUACUUACAAAAUAAACCUCAGCAUGGAAUCGCAAGAAUCCUUGAUUCGUUCAACUGCGAAUGAAGAUGAUACGAGAACUGACACAGUCGAGUCGGUAGUAAAUCAACCUGCCAAGACCAGGUUACUCAUAAUGGAACCAGCUGUACUCUUGCUAUUUUUCGCAUGGAGUGUAACAGGCACAGUGUUUCAAAACCAAGUCAUCUACCAGACAUGCACAGAAAUUUUCCAUUUCAAUAAGACUGAAUGUAUUUUACUGGGAACACCGAAUGCGACAAAUGAGACGGAAGCGAUUGAAAGUGUAGUUCAACCUUAUGCAGCCAAAUUUUUUAUGGCCAAGACCAUAGUCGAAAGUCUUUUUCCAGCCUUGGCCAGCUUGUUUAUCGGACCGUGGUCAGAUAAAUUUGGUAGAAAGCCGGUUAUAAUGACCACAUUUAUAGGCUACUUCAUAAUUUACGCAUCAGUAACUGUGAUAUCUUACCUUUCCACUUUGGUACCUGUGAAUCCAUGGUUUUAUCUACUUCCAUACAUACCCAUUUCCAUCUGCGGUGGCAAUUGUGCCUUAAUAACUGGAAUUUUUAGCUAUGUCACAGAUAUAACAACCCCAAGUGACCGACCAGCACGAAUGUCGUAUUUAGAAGCUGGAAUUUACGUUGGACUCUUAUUUGGCUUUAUGUCCAGCAGUUACAUUUUACAAUUAACAUCUCCGACCAUAGUAUUUGGUAUUUCCGGUCUAGCUACCCUUAUAGGUGUACUAUACGUGAUAUUUUUCGUUGAGGAGAGCAUUCAACAGGAUGAAUCUGUCGGGAAACUAGCCAAACUAAAAGCUAUUUUCGAUGUGAGCCUUGUCACCGACAUGGUCCGGACGUGCUUCAAGAGCCGUGAAAAUUUAGAUCGUUCGAUCAUCUGGAUGACUCUAUCAUCAUUGGUGCUGAGUAUCUUUGCAUUGGAGGGAUCAUCGACCGUCUUCUACUUGUUCGUAAGGGAGAAAUUCAAUUGGUCGAUACAACAGUCAACAUUUUUCGAUGCUGCCAACAUACUCUUAAUGAUCAUAGGCAAUGUGUUGGGCAUGUACCUACUGAAUAAGGUACUGCGAGUGUCGGAGACAAAUCUAGCAAUAAUGUCGUACCUGAGCUGUUUUGCUGAUUAUUUUAUCAAGGCCUUGGCCUCUCAACCGUGGCAUUUGUAUAUGGCAACUUCAAUCGCAAUAUUCCGUGGCAUGUCAGGUCCGAUGUGCAGAGCAAUUUUGUCGAACACAGUACCAGCAAAUGAAAUUGGUAAAAUUUAUUCGCUAACAACUUCAAUGGAAUCCAUUUCGCCGCUGGGUUCGGCCACGCUAUACAGUUUCGUCUACUCGCAUACGUUGAACACAUUUCCGGGUGCCUUCAAUUUGAUUUCGUCGGGGGUGUAUAUGAUUUGCGCUGUUUUGAUGGUCGCUGUGUUCAUAUGCCUGAAGCGACACCCGCCGGUUGGCUAUGUGACUGUUGCUCAAUAAGAUUUGGUCUUAAUUUUCUUUGUUAUUUUGGAAUUUUUUUCGGAUAAGUUUGAACAGCAAAAGUGAAUUAAGUUUAUACAUCAUGAAAUAAAGAAAGAAAAAUUAAAAUGAAAAUAAAACAAACAAAUGAAACAAACAUUUGACAUUGGUAUUACAAGUUUUUUUUAUUAAUUUUUAUAAUUAAAUUUUUUUUUUGUUUUGUAAAUUGUAAUUGUUUAUUGUUUAUCCUCUUUUCCAUAUUUUAUUAUGUCCAUUUUUUUCGAUUUGUCCUCUUUCAAUUUGUGAUCUCAAUUUUUUCCAGGAUCUUUUCGGUU